AUGUCUAUUUUCAAGGUUCAUUUAAAAAAAUUAAAUUGUAAUAUAAAAAAUAGGUUUUUCUCCUCGUUAAAUAAAUUAAAUAAUGUUAAAGAUUUCCAUGAUGAAAUAAUAAAGUGUAUAGAAAAAGUGAAAGAAGUAAAUCCAUUAGUUCACUGCAUAACUAAUAGGGUUACAACUGAAAAAAUGGCAAAUAGCUUACUAGCAUUUGGUUCAUCUCCUGCUAUGAUUGAUAAUCCUAAAGAAGUCGAAGAAUUUGCUAAAGUAUCAUCUUGCACUUAUUUUAAUUUAGGUUUGCAUACAAGUCAAAUAGAUAACAUAAAUGUAUUAGAAAAAUUAAGAAAAGAAAUAAUGAAAGAUGAUUUAAUUUUAAUAAUAGAUCCAAUAGCUGUAGGAGCAACGAAAUAUAGAACAAAUAUUAUUAAAGAGAUAAUUUUAAAAUGCAAACCAAAUGUUAUUAAAGGUAAUGUAGCUGAAAUUUUUUAUUUAGAUAAAGAAGAAUUUGUUGGAAAGGGUGUUGAUAGCAAUAAUAGCUCACUUAAUGAGGCAGAUAUAAUUAGAAGUGCAAGAAAUGUAGCUUUAAAAUAUAAUUGUACUGUUGUUGUUACAUCAAAAUGUGAUUAUAUUGUAAGCAAGUGUUCUCAUAAUAUAGCUAAAAUUAACUGUGACUUAAAAAUUUUGACAAAAAUUACAGGCUCAGGUUGUUCAGUUGGUGCAUUGUGUGCUGCAGCAACUUCUGUAAAUUCUCAAAAUUCAUUCAUAGCUUGCACAUCUGCUACUCUUAUUUAUAAAUUAGCCGCCUUUAAAGCAUAUAAGAAAGAAACUUAUCCUGGAUCUUUAAGUCAUAAAAUUAUUGAUUAUAUAUAUUACUAUUCAAAUAAUCCUCAAUUUUUAAAUUUUCAAGUGUUAGAUUUUUACAAAAUCAUUUAA